AUGUGGAACAUUCAAGUAUUCGCUUCUCGAGAAAAUCCUCGUAGUUCAAAUACAUUUUCUCCGAUGGCUAAUGCACUCGAAGAGCUUCGUCAGUCGACAGUUAUUGUAGCUGAUACUGGUGAUUUUGAAUCAUUGAAGAAGUAUCAGCCAACAGAUGCAACAACCAAUCCUUCGCUGAUCUUAUCUGCAGCGAAUAUGAAGCAGUACGAUCAUAUUAUUCAAGACGUGAUUAACAAAUGCCGAGAAAAACACGGAUCAUCAUCGAAUGAACAAGCACUCGUUGACGAUAUUAUGGAUCAUGUUUUCGUUCGAUUCGGAGAGGAAAUUCUGAAAAUCAUCCCUGGUCGAGUGUCGACUGAAGUCGAUGCACGUCUCUCAUUUGACCGUGAAGGACAAAUAAACAAAGCGCGACAUAUCAUAGAAUUAUAUGAAAAGAAUGGCAUAUCGAAAGAUCGAAUUUUGAUUAAACUAUCGUCAACAUGGGAAGGAAUUCAAGCGGCAAAAGAAUUAGAAGAAAAACAUGGUAUUCAUUGUAAUAUGACAUUAAUCUUUUCGUUCGCACAAGCAUUAGCAUGUGCUGACGCACAAGCUACAUUGAUAUCACCAUUUGUUGGACGAAUCUAUGAUUGGUACAUCGAGAAAAAAGGCAAACGUGAAUAUGAUAUCGAGGAAGAUCCAGGUGUGAUGAGUGUGACGCGAAUUUAUAAUUAUUAUAAACAAAAUAACAUCAAGACGGUCGUUAUGGGCGCAUCAUUUCGUAAUAUCAAACAGAUUCUUGGUUUAGCCGGAUGUGAUUUGUUGACAAUAAGUCCGAAAUUACUUGAUGAAUUAGCAUCAAGUAAAGAGAAAGUUCAAGUUUAUCUGAGUAAAGAACGAAUUGGCCACGUGCGAGACAAGAAACAGGAGAAACUCGAUGAAAAAACAUUCCGCUGGAUGUUAAAUGAAGACGAAAUGGCCAAUGACAAACUAGCUGAUGGUAUACGAAAAUUCGCCGUUGAUGCCCAAAAACUUGAAGAUCUCAUUCGUGCUCGACUUCAACAAAGCAAAUAA